UUUUACACGAAAUGGCGCAUCUCCCGCAAUUCCUAUUAGAUAAAAGAAACAAUGAAGGAGCUGAUGAAGAGAGUCAAUAUUCUUAUAGUUACCCUAGCUCAGUUAGAGUUUCAAAUACUUCACAGAAAGAGGAUGCUAAUUUGUUAAACACACUCAAUGAGUUUGAAGAUAAUGAAGACAAAAAUGUCAUAAGUAUCGGAAAUUUUGAAAGCAAAGAUCAAAUGACUCCAGCUCUACUUGAAAUAUUGAAGGAUGAAGACAAGCAUAUUUUGAGAGCAGAGAAAUGUUUUUAUAGUUUCAUCAAUGAAGUGAUGCAGGAGUUCGAUAUCCCUCUUACGAAUGAUCCAGAUUUUGUUAAGUGUCUUUUGGAAGAUAUCGAUUUGUACGAGAAGGAAGCAACAGAAAUCAUUUUUAAAAAUCUUGAGAAAUAUCAUGUGCCUAAUAAGCUUAUGAUGAUUCAUCAAAACAAUUUAAGAAAUAAGUUCUAUAAAACAUGAAUUCAAGAUGAUAAAACUCAAAAGAUGAAAAAGGAGAACCAGCCAGACCAAAAUGAGCAGUUAAGAGUGGAUUACUAUGCUCCCUAUCUCUAUGACACAAGUUUCAAGAAGGUAAAGAGAAUCGAUACUGAAAAUGAAACUACUCCUUACUUGACAAACGAUUCUACAAAUGCUAUUUCUGAUAUGAACAAACAACUAGAUGCUCUUCUUGAAGAAGAAAGAAUAAAACAAAAGGAAAUUCUCAACAAGAUCUACCCAAAAUCAAGAAGAAAGCCAAAGCAUAUGUAAUUUUCAAUUUUACUAAAAUUUGCCAAGCA